AUGGCCGCGCCUACAGAGCAGCGCAUUGCUGUUCCCAUUGACGAUCCCAAUGCCGACACAGAAUGGAAUGAGAUUCUGCGCAAGCAUGGAGUCAUCCCUGAGAAACCUCCUUCCCCUACUCCCAUGAUCGAAGAGGCCAUCCUCGAAGGCCGGAGAAUAGCACACGAGAACCGACUGGAAGGCAAGGACCUCGACGAACUAGAUGAGCUGGAAGACCUCGAGGAUGAAAUGUUCCUCGAGUCGUACAAGCAGAAGAGAAUGCAGGAGCUCAACAACCUGACCAAGAAAGCCAUCCACGGCAGCGUUUACCCGUUAUCGAAACCAGAUUAUCAACGGGAGGUGACCGACGCUUCAAAGAACGGACCCGUCUUUGUCAACAUGACAUCUUCCAUGGGCACCAACAUCGAGUCCAGAGUCUUGUCAGAGCUAUGGCGCCAGGCAGCAAAAGAAUACGGUGAUGUCAAAUUCUGCGAGAUCCAAGCCGCAAAAGCCAUCGAAAAUUACCCGGACAAGAACUGUCCCACUAUCCUGGUCUACCGCAAUGGCGACAUUGUCAAACAGAUUGUGACCCUCAUGACCGUUGGAGGUGUUCGCAUGGGCAUGAUGGAAAUCGACAACUUGUUGGUUGAAGUUGGCGCCGUGGAGGAAAAGGACAUGAGAGUAGUGAAGAGGAAGCGCGCCGCUGAAGAUGCUCGGGAAGAACAACUGAUGGGCAAGACCGGCCUCAGGAGUGGAAACCUACGCCAUGCUACGGUCGACGAUGACGACGACGAUUGGGAAUGA